AUGGCAGACCUUCUUGACAUAUUGGGGAUAGGGGCCAUGAUGAGUCUGGUCCCAAUGCUUGCAAACGGUCUUCUCUCGGUCAAGCGACCGCCCAGGGUCGACAUCAAUGCUGGAAGGCGGCUGAUUCACACAGUGCGGCCCAUCAUUCCCUACCGCGCCCCGGUGCCGUACACCGGCGGCCGUGUUCGAGCGCUCUUCAUUGGAAUCAACUAUACGGGCACGGGCAACGAGCUACAGGGCUGCGUCAACGAUGUUCGUCUGAUGUUGGGCACGCUGCAGCAGAUCUCCUUCCCGAUUAGUGAAUGUUGCAUCCUCGUCGACGACCCGUCAUUCCCCGGCUUCACCGGCAUGCCUACCCGCGAGAACAUCAUCAAGCACAUGCUAUGGCUGACUAGCAACCUGCGCCCUGGUGACGUGCUUUUUUUUCACUUCUCCGGCCACGGCGGCCAAACCAGGGCAACGCAGGACUCGCAAGAGAAGUACGACCAGUGUCUCAUACCACUCGAUCACAGGAAGAACGGCAGCAUCCUCGACGACGAUCUCUUCCUCAUGCUCGUCGCCCCGCUGCCGCCUGGGGUGCGCAUGACGUGCGUCUUUGACUGUUGUCACUCAGCCAGCAUGCUGGAUCUACCCUUCAGCUACGUGGCGCCGAGGAUGGGCAAUGGUGGCGUACGCGAGCACAUGCAGCAGGUACGCCGCGGCAACUACUCAAACGGCGACGUUGUCAUGUUCAGCGGGUGCACGGAUAGCGGCACCAGCGCAGAUGUUCAUAACGGCGGCCACGCGAACGGUGCUGCAACUCUUGCCUUCACGUGGUCGCUCCUAAACACGCAUGGGUUCUCCUACCUCAACAUACUUCUCAAGACGCGAGAGGAGCUGCGAAAAAAAGGUCGGGUGCAGGUGCCCCAGCUCACCAGCUCGAAGCCGAUCGACCUGUACAAGCCCUUCUCCCUCUUCGGCAUGGUUACGGUGAACGCGUCCAUGAUGCAUUUCGUGCCGCAGCAGUUCCAGCAACGUCCGCAGAAUCUCCCGCCACAGGCGAUGCCGCCCCCAGCGGGCUACCCGGCCUAUGCACCGCCGCCGCCGCAAGGCUACUACCCCCCACCGCAGGAUCAGCGCUGGAGCCAUGGCUAUCCUGCAGAGGGUGUCCCGGUGCAAGGGAUACCGUUGCAGCGGACAACUCUUGGUGUGCCGCAGAAUCCGCCGUCGCAGUACUCACCUGCUCCUCCGGCAGGGCAGUACGCACCUCGCCAGCCGCAGCAGGUUCCACCGGCCCAGUACACGUUCAGCUCAGUUCCCCCUCGCUAA